UUUGAGCGGAGCGAUGUGUUUUCUCUGAGAGACCGAAGCUGUUGGCCUUUUGAACCUGCAGUGAUGAAGAGUAACAUCCACUUUAUUGCUUCGAUGUUGGUGCUUUUCUGGCUGCAGCCCCUGCACUCCAAAAAGAUCAGUUACAUCAUCAGCCAACAUAAGGACGACCGAGCCAUCCCACUGAGCAUGGUUAAAGAUUCUGUUGAUGACAUGUACUCUGGCUGCACACAGGCGAUGCAAAAGGUGGCACAUAAAUACUUUGACAGGGAGAACAAAGGAGUGUUUCAAAGAGUCUGGAAAAAGGCUGAAAAGUGUACAAAGAGAAAUAUGAACCAUAAAGAGGACGGGGCUUUAACUAAGGAGCAUUUGCAAGCAAUCUGUGUGUACACCACUGGUUUUCAACGGUUUCAUGAUCUGUUCAACGCUGCAGUCCGAACUAACAGGUCAGAAUACAGCACCUCUUUCCCAUUCCACUCUCUACACUUCUGGCUCACGUCAGCGAUUCAGAUCCUUAACAACAACAAACACUGCCUGGAGAGUUACCGCCGGUCCAACAGCGUGUUCACCGGCAAAGUCAACCAGGUCAUUCGGUUUGGUUUCUUUGCCUCCACCUCCAAGAGUACAAAACUUACUCGCUUUGGUACAGAGACCUGCUUCAAAAUCAAGACCUGUCACGGUGCUUAUCUGAAAAAAUAUCCAACAUUAAAAGAUCAUGAGAAAGAGGUGCUCAUCCCACCCUAUGAGAUGUUCAUGAUAUCUCAGAUAGGGAAGAAAAGAUUAGGAAAUCUGAGCCAGUGUAAGACCAUCUACGUCCUGGAGAGUGUAGGAUACUGGAGCAAUCUUAACUGCAAAGCUGCAAAGUUAGACCAGUCAGUCUCCAGAUUAUAGACGGGUGUGUGUUUGACUCUGUCUUAACUUGGUUCUGGUCUUGACCUGGUUGACUCUUAAAAGAAAGACUUUUUUACACUUCCAACAUGUUAGUCUGAAGCAAUGUCACAAAUAUAU